AUCCACAGCCAGCUGGUGUUUCUUGAUGCCAUAAAGUGGUGAAUGCAAACAAGGGCACAGGGCAGAACAGGGAGAUCAGCUUAGUUGGAAAAAGGGAUUUUUCAGCAACUGGCAGCUCACCAUGGCUAUUCCUCACUGGCUUCUCAUGUCUGCACUCUUCCUGCUGGCCCUCUUGGCACAGAUUUCAGCACAGGAGCCAGGAUGUUCUGUCAGUAACAGCAACCCAAGUGUUCCUGAAAAUAAGUGUCCUUAUGUGGUGGCUACCACACAAGUGCAGCCAGGUUUCACUCUAACAAUUGAUCCCAAUUUCCCCGAUGGCCAAUUCUUCACCAUUGAGGGCUCCGAGCUGCGGCUGACAAAGUGUGUGGACUAUGAGGAAGACCCUGUGCUGCUGCUGUACCUGAUCUGCAAGGACCCUGCUGACCAGAGUGAGUCCUUGGAAAUUCUAGUCACUAUUCUGAAUGAGAACGAUAACUACCCUGUAUUUCCACAGCCAAACAUCACCAGGGAUGUCCCAGAGGCUACAGAAGUGGACACAACCAUUGUAGCCCGUGAAGAAGUAACUGCUACUGAUGCUGACCUAGACAUCAUCUACUAUGAACUCAAUACCACAGUGCAGAACACAGACGGUUAUUUUGCCAUACGAGGAGUUAACAACCCGGAAAUUUAUUUACAAAAAGCAUUGGACUAUGACAAAUUUAAUUCUACAACAUUGCUCUUGUAUGCAAGGGACAGGCCUGAGAACAGCCCUGAGCCCACCAACACAGCCACUGCAACAAUAACCAUCAGCAUCAAGCAGAGUGACACCCGGGCACCCUGGUUCCUGCCCUGCACCCAGCUCUACAAUGACACCAGUGUCUGCAUCAGCAGCCCCUACUCCGGCAGGGUCAACAUCUCCGAGAAAUUGACUGACCCGCUCCUCUUGGAGCCAGGACCCAUCUAUGCUGUCGACCCUGACUACACCAUCAGCGACAGGAUCGUGUACAGCAUUGUCGGGGGGAAUACAGACGAAGUGUUCUCAAUGGAUGCAAACACAGGGAAUCUAACCAUGAACAAAACAGUGACGUCCCCAGGUUCCUUUUUGUUGCAAGUUAUGGCCACCCAGGCCAGCAACAUAAGGAAAUAUUCUGUAGCCACUGUAGUGAUCAAGGUCAUCAAUAAAAGCAAUUUUCCACCCUACUUCGAGAAGGGGGUCUACAACGGGACAGUGUUUGUUGGGCUGCCCCAGAGAAGCUUCGUCUACCAAGCUGGAGAUCCUUCCACCCCCCUGGUGAUAAUGGCAAUGGAUGAGGAUUUCCCUGAUAAAGUCAACCCCAACAUUGAGUACUAUCUCAAAAACAGCACUGAUUUCAUCGCAACCAGGGAUGGGCUCAUCCUGACCAACAAAAUGCUGGAGUCCCCAGGAACUGUGACCAUCCAGGCUGUUGGAAAAGAUGUGUUGAGCCUGCAGGAGGCAAGCACCAUAAUUGUGGUGGAGGUCAUCCUUGCCACAGCCGUAGCCCCCUCUCACAAGAUGUACUCUGCUCAGGACAUGGCUAUCUUAGGGGGCACAUUAGCAGCACUGCUGUUAAUUGCCUUAGUCUUCCUUGGAGUGCUGGUAUGGAAAUCCAGUAGAUGGCACAGAAAAUCUUUCAAACACCUGGUAAAGAAAAAGUUCUCCAAGGAAAUCUCUGAGGGUCACCAGAACAAGUAUUACCAGGAAGAUGAACAGCCAGGUGUGAGCCCCAAGCAGCAUGAGACAUCAGAAACCAGCAGUGUCCAGCCAGAGACUCCUGUGCCAGAGCAGCCAGCACUUGCCUUGCACUUCUCCAGUGCAGAGGAAACAGAGAGUCUCCCAAAGGGUUCCAUAGCUUCCACUGUCAUCUUUGACCAGGAAGAGGAAGACAAGGAAGAAGAGGCUGGACAAGAGAAAGAAGUGAAGUCAAUCCUCAAAACAGAGAGGCACGUGGCAGAUGAUGGCUACAAAGCUGUGUGGUUUAAGACUGAUGUGGACCCCGAGGCUGGAGAAAGGGUGGAAGUGAUUGAGGACAACGCAGCAGAUGAUGUUAAUGAUGAUGAUGACAGUGACCAAGAUCUGCAAAAGAAUGAGGAGGAGGAGGAAGAAGGUUCUGACACAGACAGUCACCACCAAGGGCUGGGAGUGUCCUUUUCCUCAGAGAGCUCGUCACCCCCAGCAGCAGAGGUGUCAGUCUACAUGUCUCACACAGAUGCAGGGACAGAGGACACUGAGGUGUAAAGGAGAUUGGGUACAUACCCCUAAAAUGUACCAACGGAACAAUCUCAGUUUCUUUGCUGACAUGAAGCCUAUCUUUCUGCUCAGGGGGAAAACUGGAAUGCAGAUGGGUGAGGUUAUCUGUCCUUCUUGUCUGAAUGCAGCAAAUAAGGCCAGAAGAUAUUACAGCUAAUUUAACCAUUUAGUGAGACCUUGGAAUAACACUUAGGAUUUUCAGGGUGAAGCAAUUCAUCUUUCCACCUUCCUGCCUGUUCCUCCUGGGUCCUUUGACAUCACAUUUGCUAAACUGGCUGCAAGGUACACCAGAGCUGCAGCUGACCUGGCCUGGCAGCAGAGAUCCCAGCUCACGGGAGCAGUCGAGUUGCACAGUCCAGUGUUGUUUGGCUCUUCCCAUUAGGGUGUUGCAGCAGGGUGUCAGCAAGUGCCUCUGAGCCUGCAGGUGCUCCUGUGACUAUGCAGGAGCUGACUUCAGUGCUUAGCUCUGCUCUGUUCUCUUUGCACAAACAGUUGGAAUGUGCCACCAGGCCCUUGUCCUGCCAGCCAGGAGGUUCCACGCUCAGGACCUGCUGUUUCCUUUGUCACUGGUAAACAAGGACCGAUCACAUUAAGGACUUUGUCAUCAAUGUCUGUGUCAUAAACCCACUAAUUGUGCAGUAGUUUAGCUGUCUGUCUGCUAUCUGUCAGGCAAAACAGCUCCUGAGAUAUUGUCUUCAAGUGUAGCAGAGAGAAGGAAAUAUUUGAUGCUCUUGUCUAGGUUUGCACUUCCCAUCAAACAAUCUCUUCCCCAGCUGGCAGCCAGGCUGGUUUCCACCAGCUGAGAGCAUGGCUGUGAGCAUUUCAUGCUCCUGGAGAAAGAAACCAAAGAGUGACUGCUGGGAUUGCAGGAACAUCAGAGCACAUGUGAUUACCACUGAGGCUUUCAUCCUCUUGGGCCAUACAUGUCCCUGUCCCAGUGUUUCCAUGCUCAGUCCCGCUCUCCUCUCUCUGAGGAAUGCUGGCCUGGCCUCCUGCACUUCAGGAGCUGUGUUUGUGCUGAAGAUCAAGCUCAGGACAUGGAAACUUUCCUACUUCCCACAGCAAAGCUGUUUGCUCAGGAAUUACAGUGUGGUAAUGGAGGGUGGGGAAUGCAGCCAGUGUUUGCCAUACAAAGGAUCCCUCCAGCAGCUUUGGGAUAUCUCCAAGAAGCAUUUUCCACAGGAUUCUGAGAACUCUCUGGCAGCUGCUCACUGCUAACCCAAAAUCUCUGGCCACCAGCAAGGCUGAGGGUUGAGCCUCCCCCCUGUGCUGAUGCUGCUUGUGGGAGGGUUGCUGAUAUGGGGAGAAGCUGGAGUGCUUUUCCUCUGCUCUGUUUCCUUGGUGGCUGUGCCGUGUGUGAUCCAUUCCUGCCAGUGCUCUGCUGUCUGUCUGCCUUCCCUCUGCUGCUGUGUACUCUGGAUUUCUGCUGGCACACUGAUUUAUGAGCUCCCUACAACUGCAAUCUGUGCUC